UUCCACGUCACAGAUAACAUUCUUUCACAUGCGUUUUACUUCGUAACUUUAAUUGUUUAAUGUCUUCUUAAUAAUUUUAAAAAAUGUUUGCAAUACAUUUCGAAGCGUAGUAUGGGACUUACGUUAAUAAUUAUAUGUUUUAUUGUUUUGUUCAAAAUUAAUAAAUAUCAAUAUGUGCAGUCCGUGAAAAAUAACAUUUCAGAAAGUAGGUCGAAUCCAGUUGUAAAACAUGCUAUUGAUAAUCAGACGUGGAAGGCAGAGCUCCUGGAAUUUGAUUUGAAAAGUGAAACUCGUUGCGAUGGUGAUUGUUUGUGGUUACCAAAUAGUUUCUGUGAUCAUUUAACAAGAAGCUGUGUUUGUAACAAAUCAUUUGUACGUAUUGAGAAAAAAUGUUUAGCGAAAAUUUCCCUAGGUGAAGUUUGUAGCAACUCUAAACAAUGUCAAACACUUAAUACGGAAUGUGUUUUAAAUAAAUGUAACUGCAAAUAUGGAUACAAAGUUUUUGACAACCGAUGUAUAUUUUCUACAAGAGACGACAAUCCGAAAAGCAAUACCUUACUAAUUAUUCUUUGUGUUAUUUUUUCCGUAAUUCUUAGUGCUGCGAUAACCGUUGCUAUUAUUUUCUUUAAAAAAAAAUUAUCCAAUAUGAUAUCGGGAAGAGCUCAAAAUAACAUAGUUUAUCGCCCAUCUGAAAAUAAUGAAUUCAAUACAAGAGGAAUAUCUGUUUAUCCUGAAAUUACUGGUUUCGAUUACAGUAAUCCCACAAUAGAAACAACUCUUGAGAUAUUAGACAAACCCCCUUCAUAUGAAGAAAUCAUGACAUUGUCUAAAAGUAUGAACAAUAUAUUGCAUUACCAAGUUUCCUCAGAUCAACCAUGUCCCAGUUAUUCAGUAGCGAUACGUAAUAUGAGGGUUCGUUCAUCUUCAAUGUAGAAACUUUAUUUAAUAACAAAUAUUUCAACGAUAUAUUUCAUGUAUAGCUCGUUUCCAAAAAUAAAAUGGUUUGCUUUCUGACAUU